CAUUGUCGUUGCGUAGUGCGAUGAGUGCAUAUUACUGUUGUACGUAAACGUAUACAUAAAUUAUGUUUACAUGUUAGAAAUAAAGUGUAUAAAAGACGUUUAUUUUUCAACAGAAGAAUAUAAUAAUAGAAGAACUUGACAAAUCGUGUUUAAUUUUUGGUGAGUACGCAAGAAGGUCUGUGAGUAAAUACUUCCUGAAAUUCUAAAAGUUCUCUAUACUAUUGCUUGUUGUAAAUGCCCUGACUCUGCCACUGAAAGGAGUGAAAGAGAUAGAGAUUGAAAGGUUGGCGUCAAGAAUGUGGUAACAGGAGUGGGAGAUUGUAGUAAAAACAAUGCUGGAUCGCUAGGCAAUUCUACGUUGUUUAGAAACGGAAGAACUAUAUAAAACAUAGGUGUAGAUUAUAUAUUACAGUAUUUUUUAACAUGGAUGAUGAAGAGGGAUCCUCAAGUUCUGGACCUAUGUCUUCAUUGAAUAGCUUAUUUUCAUUCACUAGUCCUGCUGUUAAGAAGUUACUUGGAUGGAAACAGGGUGAUGAAGAGGAAAAGUGGGCAGAGAAGGCAGUUGAUUCUUUAGUAAAAAAAUUAAAAAAGCGAAAAGGUGCAAUAGAAGAACUAGAACGUGCUUUAAGCUGCCCAGGUACACCUAGUAAAUGUGUAACAAUUCCAAGAAGCUUAGAUGGAAGAUUGCAAGUUUCACACCGUAAAGGUUUACCACAUGUAAUUUAUUGUCGAGUAUGGAGAUGGCCGGAUUUGCAAUCGCACCAUGAACUUAAACCAUUGGAAUUAUGUCAAUACCCUUUUUCUGCAAAACAGAAAGAAGUUUGCAUUAAUCCUUAUCAUUAUAAAAGAGUGGAGAGUCCAGUAUUACCACCGGUACUGGUACCUAGACAUUCAGAAUAUGCUCCUGGACAUUCAUUAUUGCCAUUUCAACAAAUAGCAGAACCAACAAUGCCACAUAAUGUAUCCUACUCAUCCAGUGGAUUUAAUGCUGGAUCUACUGGUGGUGUAAAUCCAACUUCACCUAUGUCUUCUGUUGGAUCUGUUCCCAGUCCAGGAAGUACAACAUCGCCAAAUCCACAAAGUCCGUAUGGUACUAAUGGAUUGCCAGAAACACCACCUCCAGCAUAUUCUCCGCCAGAAGAUGGUUCACAGCCUGGACAAUCACCACCACCAGAUCCAGUGGCAAUGGAUACAAGUGGAUCAGCUGAAGUAGCACCUGUGUGCUACCAAGAACCACCUUAUUGGGCCUCUAUUGCAUAUUAUGAAUUAAACUGUAGAGUGGGUGAAGUAUUUCACUGUCAUUCUCAUUCUGUUAUUGUGGAUGGCUUUACAAAUCCGAGUAACAACUCUGAUCGUUUUUGUCUUGGACAAUUGUCUAAUGUAAAUCGAAACUCAACUAUUGAAAAUACAAGAAGACACAUAGGAAAAGGAGUACACCUUUAUUAUGUAGGUGGUGAAGUUUAUGCAGAAUGUUUGUCUGAUUCUGCUAUAUUUGUGCAAUCUAGAAAUUGUAAUCAUCAUCAUGGAUUUCAUCCUAGUACAGUUUGUAAGAUUCCACCAGGAUGUUCACUGAAAAUAUUUAAUAAUCAAGAGUUUGCUCAGCUGCUCUCACAAAGUGUUAAUCAUGGUUUUGAAGCAGUAUAUGAGUUAACAAAAAUGUGUACUAUAAGAAUGUCAUUUGUUAAAGGCUGGGGUGCCGAGUAUCAUCGACAAGAUGUUACAUCAACACCUUGUUGGAUUGAAGCACACUUACAUGGACCCUUACAGUGGUUGGAUAAAGUGUUGACACAAAUGGGUUCUCCCCACAAUGCUAUAAGUUCUGUAUCAUAAUUUGUGCUUCAUGUUUAAUAGGAAGAAGAUAAAAUAGUGAUAUGUAGGUAAAAACCAGAUUCAAGAGCAGUUUUUAAUAUUAAAUAGUGCGAUAGUAAUAUAGACAUUGAAAGAGAUUUAAAAAAAAAAUAGAAGAAAUGGUAAGUGAAAAAAAAAUGCUGUCCCAAUAUGAGACCUAUUUCGUAUAAGCAUAAUGAAGAAAGUUGAUAAUAUAAUUUGUAUGAAAGUAACGGAUUGCAAAAGUCAAUAAGUAUUGAAUGUGAUCCUUAGUAAGAAAAAAAUUUCAGAGAUCAUAAUGUGCGCAUAAAAGCUGUACAAUUUUUUGGCUGUUACAUAGGAAAGGAAUUCUAGUAAAAAUAUAACGUCUUACAUAUAUAAGAAAAAUCAUAUUUUUCAAAUAUAUUCAACUACAUUUAAUACAUUAUUUUAUAUGGAAAAUUGUUAUGAAAAUGUUUCCUAAUGCUAUAUCAUGAAUGGCUUCGUUAGUUUGCUAUUUAAGAUGUAUAUGAAAAUUACAAAUUGAAAAACAAAUCAGCUAAACUGAAACGACAACAAUUAGAAGCUAAUAGAAAUCAAUGAUUUAAAUUUCAAUCAAAUAACAUUAUGACAUUCACGGUUUUAAAAAUAAUAUGCAUGCUUUUGAAGCAUCUGAUUUAUGCCUAAACAAACCUUAGAUUAUUGAAAUUUACUACUAUAAUGAAGACUAUAAUAUAAAUGUAAUUAAUUUCGAUUUUACUAAUGAAAAUGCAAUUAAUAUUUCAAUAUAGACAUCAGAUGCUGAUCUCACGUUAACAUUUGAAAGUUAACUGCAUCCGAUGACAUAUUGAAAUAUUAAAUAUAUUCGAUAAUGCGUAUGAAAAAUAAAAAAUAUUUUUUGUGCAAUGUUCCCUAACAUUCGUGUAAUGUAAGCCUUUGGAUGUAGCCUUAUAAGAAACUAAUGUGACAACUAACAUAGAGUCAUAUUUGCAGCUUGUCAAAUUUGAAAGUAAUAUAAGAAUUAUACAUUAACUUUGCACUUUUCAGAAGUAUUUGUAAAUUUUAAACUUUAAACAGAAGUUAAUGUACAUAUGAAAAAGAAAGUAUAUCAAUUACGUGCAUGGUAUUGUGUGCAAUUUAAACGAUUGGUAUUACAUUUUGUAAAAAAUCGAAAAGGUUUUAUUAGUUGAAUUCUGAAAAGUGCCAAAAUCGUAUGUAUGUGAUGCUUUAUCUUUCUCAAAUUAAACUAGUUAUUUCUGUAAAUAAACAGACAAUAUAAGCCUUGACGAUAAAAAAUAAACGUUGAAUUUUGCAUAAAAAAUAUUCGGUUAUAAAAAACAUGUUACUGUAAACUUUAGAAUAAUAAAUAUACGUGUUCUGUGAGAGUACCAUUACAAUAUUGAACGUACCGAAUCAUCUAUCGCAUACAUGCGGUAAUGAGCUAGAAAGGUCAUGAAUAUUUAGUUGAGAUUAAAUAAAAAUUAAAAAACGUGGGGAAGUGUCAUAAGCGUCAACAAAUCAUUAUAAAUAAUGCUCUUGUCCGUGUCUUUUUAUGUAAUUUAUAACAGAAGAACAGUUUACCUACACUGACUACUUUAUUAAUUUUGCUUAAUUAAGAUACACAGGUAUUACUGAAAAAAAGCACAAAUUUUUGACCUCAAUGUUGUAAUCGGAAAUACCUGUGAUGUGAUUUGUAUUCGAAUGAUCUUCUGGCUUGAUGAUAACUUCAUAGUUAUUUUACAAAUUAUUUUUUUUUUAUGUAUAUUCUACGUAUGUAUAUUUCAAUUACAAGUAUGAAGACGGUAUACGGAUCAUAAUAACGUUAUCUAAGAGUACUUGAGAACUGUGGAACAGAAGUCACUGCCGCUUGCUCUUACUUAUUUGUCGAUGUACCUAGCUGUGAUUCUUUGCUACCAAAUUUAGCAAAUUAUGUGUGGGUGAUCAGCGAUGCUCUAUAUUUGCACUAUUGAAUCAAUGAAGAUGAGUAUUUGAAUUGAUUAAAAAAAAUGCCAAUCGUACAAGGAAAUGUGACAAUAAACCUACGUUCUAAACAAGAGAAAGGUCUUUUUACAACGAGGAAUAAAGAUAUUCACUCAUUAGAACGUUAUCUUAUCGUACCAUUUACCGUUUUGUUCAUGAUCACCUGUUAAAUCUGUUUAGUUAAGAAAGAAAAAAGACAAUACUUCUUUUUAUUGAAACAAUGCUGUAAUUGGUAUUGAUAAAGUUUUAAAAUAUGUAUAUCAAUUAAAACAGAUGUGAAUUAAUGUUUUAGGUAUAUCGGGCUUGUCGCACACGUAACGAGCACAAUGCUUUAUUGCAAUAUGUAUGUAUGAAUAGUUACAUAUAUGUAAUACCUAUGUUUAGAGCUUUUACUCUUUGUUGAUAUUUUUCUUGAUUUCUUUGUUAAUCGAUGCACAGUGUAUCACAAUUCUCAUUUCCAAAUCACCCGAUAUUGCUUCUUAAUCUUUUUCAUUAUUUUGCAGAACUUGUACCUAUGAACGAAGGCCUAGUUAAUCAUUGAAGUAACAAACUAUAGUGCUACGAGUUAACGUAUUUGAGUACGGUUUGGUGCUAUUUAGGCUUCUGUUAGUUAAAAGGAAGUGGAAAGAAGAAGUGUCCCAAUACCUGCCCUGUUUGUCUAUGUUUUCCACGUGCAAGGAUAAGAGAUUCUCAGUUAGGCUCUCCCAGAGUUCUCUUAAGAUUAAAGGCCACUUGUGGAUGUCUCCUCCUAUAAUUACUCUUAACCAAGAGAAGCCUACGUUGCACCUGAGUGUACAUACCGCCCAAGUUGUGCCUUGGAUGCCUUUUAUAUUAUAUGUUCAUAAUAAUUAUGAAAGUAUGAGAAGUAGUUUUUACUAUAAUAUACGAUGGAACGAAUGGAUGGAUCGUUUGCUAAAUAGUCUUACUAGCAAACUGUGUAAAAUCAAGUUUUUGCCUGCAAUGAUGAAUUUGAAUUAUAAAGAUAUAUUUAAUGAUAUAAUAAUUUUGCAGAGGGGUAUGUAUAUGAAUGUAUAUAAAUGAACUAUCAUGAUUGGUGAUUUGGAAAGAGACUCGUGAUUAAUUCUAGAUGUCAGUCAGUGUAAAUAAAUUCUUUUAGUUGUAAAAAAAAAAAAAAAA